AUGUCACGUCAGUCCUUCAAACCCAGACUAUCAAAGAGUGAGGAGGUACCUGAGCGACAUUGCUCCCAGUCAGUCUACAGGGUAACACCGAAACGACCAGAGUUCACAACCAAACUGACAGGUCGCACCAUGAAUGCUGCUUUCACUCUCCUGGUCUUCUCACUUGUUGCCUUGACCACAGCUGCUCCAAUGGUUCAGACCAGCCUCAAAGGACUUUUCACCCAGAGCGCAGCCCUCUCCAGGAAAAUGCUGCAAGAUGUUCGCACGCUGAUUGGAAAAUAUAAGCAAGUGAAGAUUGGAAACCCAUCAUUUAAAGACUACAGCCUGAAGUUGAGAAGUCUCCCAAGCAGUCAGGUGGACUAUGAACAUUGGCUGGAUACACAGGAUGUAGAACGUUUGCAGCGAAACUGGAAAGAUCUCCAAGUAUUCUGGAUCCAUGUAGACACGAAGCGGAUCCACGAACUCACCCAAACUCAAGGAUCAACCCUGGUUGAUUCCAUUCAAGCUAUUUCACUCGAUAUCGGAGAUUUGGUCUCCCAGCUCAAUAGACAGCUCUCAGCCCUGAACAGCACAUCACCAGAGCCCUUGGACCUGACUCUCCCCAACAAUAUCCUGAACCCCAACUAUGAUUGGUACAGCAAGCUUCAAGGUUACAUUAUUUUCCGAGACCUGGAAACCUACCUGAAUAAAGUGGUCCGGGACUUCACACUCUUAAAGGCCAAAUACUGA